GCAAGUCAGCCAAGUCUUUCCCCUUGGCCGGCAUCUUCUUCAUCCCCAGGUGGGGUGAGUACAGCUUUAAAAUGUAUGUAUGGGGAGAGCGUGUCGUGGCUGAAGGUUUCUCACCGAAAUCUACAUGAUAGCUGUCAAUGUUCGUUAGAAAGACUGCCCCGGCGUCGGUUGGAAUCAGUCAGCUUACUCCAGUCGAAUCAGCAUGAGUUGGGGUUCCUUGCCAAUGUCUUCCUCCUCUUCGUUUUUGCAGAGUUCUUGGGGGAAUGAUCAGCCUGACAACAUAAUUGCUGCUAUCGACGAUUUCCUAGCUUUUGAUGAAGAUCCGCAGACGGCACAUGCUGUGCUCUCUCCUGCAAGUCAGCAGCAGAGUCCGGAGUUCUUCCAGGAUCAUGACAAAAAUGAAAACAAGUCGAAGGGCUCUUUGAGGGGGAGUAGCAGCGGGAGCAGAGUUGCAUUCAGAACCAAGUCAGAGCUUGAGGUAUUGGAUGAUGGAUACAAGUGGAGGAAGUACGGGAGGAAGAAGAUGAAGAACAGCCCAUAUCCGAGGAACUACUACCGCUGCUCGACCGUAGGAUGCAACGUGAAGAAGACAGUGGAGAGAGAGCGAGAAGACUCGAGGUUUGUGUUAACGACCUACGAAGGCACUCAUAACCAUCAUGCACCCCUGCCUGCAACCACACUGCAUCAGAGGCUGGAAGGCCUCCCUCACACGGAAUACUAGCAACACUUGGGGAAUUAAAGGAUCCAUGCCAUUUGAAGUUGGAGGUGUAGCGGUAUUCGCGUCGUGUCAUAAAACUAGUGCAAAUUUACAUUCCUUUUUCUAUGUUGCUAUACAAAAAAUUAGAUUAACAUAUUAGAAAAGGUGGUCCACUUAUUAUCUUAUUGCCUUGUGAAAUA